AUGAACUGGACUGAGGUGUUGAUGUUGAUGACGGUAAUACGACUGGGACAGCCCGACAGACGGUUCGACCAUUAUUUGUUGGGCACCAGUAUGGUGUGGCCGGAACGAUACGAACCGCGGUCGGUGAUUCACAGUCGAUUCCAAAUGUCCCGCGGCGGCCGGGUGAUGCUCUCGUCACCGCGGUUCCGUCCCGGCGUGCCGUUUACGUUAGGCAUGUUCGAGGCGACGGCCGCGUGCCGGACGAACGUCGAGCCGGACGUCAGGCCGUUCCCGCCGCAACAGUGCGCCCACCGGACCCGCGACACUAACACUGACCCACAACCUCUGGUCAACGUGGUCGACGUGUUCCUGGACAAGCACGAAAUACUUUGGGCGUUGGACGUGGGCACGAUAAACACCAUGACACAACCCGAACGCGUGGCUCCGCCCAAAAUCGUCCGUGUCGAAAUCGACGACGACGUCGACACGUACAAGGCUUAUGAAAUCGAUAUCGACGCGGAACAAGAAGACAGUGACGUGGAAAUGUGCUUGCAGUUCAUCGUGGCGCACCAAUCUCCCAAGAACACUUUCGUGUUCAUAACCGAUGCCGGCCGAAACUCGCUCAUCAUGUUUGACAUGUACAAGGAAAUGCAGUCGACGAUCGUGUUCCCGGAGAAAACGGCGUACGCCGACCGGGACAUCAUGUUCAUGACACUAUUGCACAAGACGAUGCAAGGCACCCGCCGUCCCGGGCUGUACGUCACGUAUCUGUCGGGGUGUCACAUGUACGUGGUCCAGUUGGACAACAUCGACCAGUGUUCCGCGGUGGUGGCCCGGCCCGUCAUCAUGGAUUUGGGCCGGAAGCCGUACAGGAUCACGGUGCUGGGAUCGGACGGCGGCAGCCGCAUGUUCUUCCGGCGCCCCGCCGAAAACGAGAUAUGGUCGUGGGACGUGAACGCGCACUUUCAUCCGUCCAUGUUCGAGUUGGUGACGAAAGGCCAGGACUGCAGGGCGCCCGUGCAAAUCACAGCGGGCUACGACCAUUUCCUGUUCGUGCUGAAGAACAAUUUCGGCGAUUACGUGCGCAACACGACGGGCAGUCUGGGCGCGUACACCAUCAUACAGCCCGUGUCCAGGUUGCCCAAGAGCCGGGGCAACAGUACCACGACCAAAGGCACCGACGAUAACGCACGUUGCGAUUGCCACGGUUAA